UUUGGGUCUAUUUUGUCGGCUUCCGCGUCCUUCUGGAGCAGCUGUUUCGUCGCCUCCGCCAGCGCUCUGUGUCCAAACCAGGUGCUCAUUAAUGAGUGAAGAAUCAAAAGGUUGGGAGAGUGGCUAAGAAGCAAUGGAGAAUAAAACUUUGGAAACUUCCCCAUCAGACCUAAAGUUAGUGGCCCACCCAAGAGCAAAGAGUAAAGUGUGGAAGUACUUUGGCUUUGAUACCAAUGCAGAGGGAUGCAUAUUGCAAUGGAAGAAAAUCUACUGCCGCAUUUGCAUGGCACAGAUUGCCUAUUCAGGAAAUACGUCCAACCUCUCUUACCACCUUGAAAAGAAUCACCCAGAUGAAUUUUGUGAAUUUGUGAAAAGCAACACUGAGCAAAUGAGGGAGGCCUUUGCAACUGCAUUUUCAAAGCUGAAGCCAGAAUCAUCUCAGCAGGUUGUUCAGGACAACUUAAUUAUGAAAACAAGCCACAGUUACGAGAAUAAAAAGCAUCAAGAGCUAACUUCAGCAGUGAUUAGUUUAAUCUGUGAAGGGUUGUAUCCUCCAUCUAUUGUCGAUGAACCCACAUUCAAGAGUCUCUUAAGAACAGCUGACCCCAGAUAUGAACUUCCUUGCAGAAAGUACUUCUGCACAAAAGGAAUUCCUGAAAAAUAUGUUGCUGUUAGAGAUAUUGUAUUAAAAGAAUUGAUGGACGUUCCAUGGUGUGGCAUAUCAACUGAUAUAUGGAGAAGUGAUAACCAGAAUAGAUCCUAUGUAACCUUGUCUGUUCAUUUUAUUAGUAAUGGCUCCUCCAGCAGCCUGGCUAUUAAUUCUCGUUGUCUAAAAACAUUUGAAGUGCCAGAGGAAAACACUGCAGAGACAAUUACACGAGUCCUGUAUGAGAUAUUCAUUGAAUGGGGAAUCAAUACAAAGGUUUUUGGGGCUACAACAGAUUAUGGGAAAGAUGUUGUGAAAGCUUGCUCUCUCUUGGACAUUCCAGUACAGAUGCCUUGCUUGGGUCAGACUUUCAAUGUGGGUAUACAGCAAGCCUUCCAGCUUCCUAAAUUGAGUAGCGUCCUAUCUAGAUGUCGAAAAUUGGUGGAAUACUUUCAGCAGUCUGCUGUGGCCAUGUACAUGUUGAGUGAGAAGCAGCAGCAGCAGAAUAUUUUGCACUGCAUGCUUGUGAGUGAUCGUGUUUCCUGGUGGGGCAGCACGCUGGCCAUGCUGCAGCGUCUUAAAGAGCAGCAGUUUGUCAUUGCUGCAGUACUUGUGGAAGAUAGCAAUAAUCACCACCUGAUGUUGGAAGCUAGCGAAUGGAAUGCAAUCGAAGGGCUGGUAGAUUUGCUUCAGCCUUUCAAGCAGGUAGCUGAGAUGAUAUCUGCUUCUAAGUACCCAAGAAUAAGUAUGGUGAAACCUCUUCUUCACAUGCUGCUAAAUACAACAUUAAAUAUAAAAGAAAAUGACUCAAAAGAAAUAAGCAUGGCAAAGGAGGUGAUUGCCAAAGAAUUAUCAGCAACAUACCAGCAUACUCCUGAGAUAGACAUGUUUCUCAACGUUGCAACUUUCUUAGAUCCGCGAUACAAGAAAUUGCCCUUUCUUUCGGCAUUUGAAAAACAACAGGUUGAGAACAGAGUGCUGGAGGAUGCAAAAAGUAUCCUGGAAAAAAUAAAAGAAAAUACUUUGAGGCCUGAAGAAAAAUUCUUUGCAGUGUCAGAAGAGCCACCAGUGAAAAAAGUGGCAGUUGCCUCCACGCCGCCUCCUACAAGUGCUAUUAAUAAUAUGCUUGCAGAAAUCUUUUGCCAGACGGGGGGUGUUGAAGAUCAAGAGGAGUGGCAUGCUCAGAUUAUCGAGGAACUGAGUAAUUUCAAGUCCCAGAAAGUCCUUGGGCUCAGUGAAGAUCCCCUCAAGUGGUGGUCUGAUAGGCUUGCUUUAUUUCCUGUUUUACCAAAGGUGCUUCAGAAAUACUGGUGCAUUGUAGCAACAAGGGUCUUCCCUGAACGUCUUUUUAGUUCUUCAGCCAAUGUUGUUAGCGCUAAAAGAAAUCGGUUAGCUCCAGCUCAUGUGGAUGAGCAGGUUUUUUUGUACGAGAACGCUCGCAGUGGGUCUGAAGCUGAACCUGAUGAAGAGGAUGAAGGGGAAUGGGGAUUGGAACAGGAGCACAUGAUUAAUUCAAGCGAUGCAGCAAACGGGAACAGCGGUUUUUUUAAUAUGCGUGAAAGUGGCUUCAUAUAGAAGCAAUACACUUUCAGAAAAAGGCUACUGGUCUGAAAUUACCAAAAGAAAAAAAGACCUAUUAUUUUAAAAAUGUAUAUAUUGAACAGCUUCAACAUAGGCAGAUUUUAUAUGUGGAAUAUGUGUGUAAAUGUCUUGGAACAUGGUUGUGAUUUGUAACUCAAGAACACUGAAAUUGGCAUAAAAGUUAUAAUAAAUAUAAGUAUAGAGUCAGGAAAAGAUAAACAUCUAUUUUCUCAUUGAUUUAGGACUACAUUGUAUAAAUAGUAAUUUAUAAGCAGUUGGUCAGCCACCUGGUAUAGAUCCCUUUAAUCAAUACCUUCAGCAAAUCUAUGGCUUAGGUCAAUAUGCAAAACUUUUUUGAUGUAGGAUUUUUAGUUUUUAAAAGCUUUGAUUUAAGUGUUCACACAUUUAAAUAUUUAAAGCUUUUUAAAGGUCAAAUGAUCAGGGAUUAUUAUAUAAAGGACCUAAUUUUUAAUAGGUUCACAUGUUAUUUCUGACAACCAGAUUAAUUCUUUGUUGUUUGCUGUGUCCUGUAAUAUCUCCAUACCAGUGUUAGAGUUUUUAUUUUUUCUGGAUAUGGUGAAGUCUUGGCACACAUACCUGGGUAUGCUAUGCUAUACAAUUGCAGUCUUUCAGAUGUAGUUGAACUACAGUACUCUUUUCAGGAGCUCCAUGCUGUGGUCAGUGGUAAGGAAUAAUGAGAGCUAUAGUUCAACAACAUCCUCAUCUAUGCUAUAAAUUGAAUAUAACUUUUCCCAAGAUUAAUGUCAGGAGAUAUUAUGGUUUCCUUUAUCAGCAAAUGAAUCUGAAGCUGAGUUAUAUUGCUACAGUACAGAAUUACAUCUCAGUAGUUCGUAUAUCUUGUGCUGAUACUGAGUGAUCCUCUGAAGAGCCUAGGAGUGCCUUCUUCAUUUCCACCUUCAAGGAAGCCUCUAUUCAGUAUAAAGUAAGUGGCAUCACGCUUCUAGGCACCAUAGCAGACAUACCACAUUGAAACAGCUACUUUGCUAAUUUAUUCCAUAAAUUAUAAACAGAUCUGUUACAUAGAAACAUCUGUGCCAAUUGGUAGCAAUUCUUAUUGUGUCAGAAGUGCGAUGAAAUUUACAAGCUUAUAUACCAGUUCAGUAUGACAUUUGAUGUUACUCAAGCACAUCAAAUUUGCUUAUAAGCGUUAAAAUUAUUAUUCCAGACAUUUAUAGAGUGCUUCAGAUAUCUGUUCUCAGCAAUGGGUGUACUGCUUGAGAGCUUCUAGAGUGGUUGUCUUCAAGCUUGAGGAUUCCCAGGUUGUGGAAGGAUAAACUUGAAAAGUCUUUUGAAAUACUACUAAACACUUACUGUUCUUUUGAAGAUAGCAUUCCUCUCCUAGACAUUUAGGCCAUAAUCUCUUCUUUAGCUCUGAUUUGAUGUUUUCCUUUUCUGAGGUGCCAUUGAUUGUUAAAGACAUCAUCAAUGCAAGCAGUUCUCUGAUGCGUCCCAUAUCUAUGCUCUUUGCCAGAAAUGAUUAACUACUUUAUGUAGAAAACAGUAUAGAAGAGUUUUGAGAUAUGAUACACACACAUGUGUUUGUGUCUGUGUAUCAGUUUAAGUCACCAAUGUAAGAAACUCUGCCCUGGAAUGUACUCUUGCAAAGAAGAGUUGAUAAAUACAGAAAUAAGGUACUCGAUCUUUAAUCAACCGUAAUUAGCCUGUUAAAGCAGACAUGGAUGCAGUUGUGAAGUUUCCUAUGAUAAACAGUGCUUAGGUAACUUUCUGACAGAGUUCUGAAUGCUCUGUUUUAGCAUUGGUCUGCUUGGAUAUAGCUGAUAGAUACCAUUUUGGGGUAUGGUUUCUAUAAAAUGAUCAUGGUAUGGUGCAAUGCUUGCGUUUGUAUCUCAUUUGCCAUCUUAUCUGGGCUGAUCUCACAUUUUUGUACUUCUCAUUAAGUAAUUAAGGAUGCAAAACUACUGCAUGAUGAAAUAGUUAUGUUAAUCUAGUUAUUAUAAAGGUGUAACUUUGCUGAAUCCUCAGUCCAUGCAUCAUCAAAUUGAAACCUAAGCACAGUGUAAAUAGGGCAGUGCUGCACUUUGGACCUGAAGCCACAGAGAUGCUUAGGAGCAGGAGUGGACGUGCAUAGCUAUUUCUCAAUGCCUCUUUAAAGAAGCUGCAGGUUUUCCUGGGCUUACCCGGUAACCACAUCCCAGGAAAAUAAAUACUCAUUUUUGUUUAGGAGUCCCUGACAGUGCUUCAGAAUGGGUAUGAGCUCACAGGGUGGGUGUGGGCUGGCUGUCAGAAUCUCAGACAUUUCCCUGGGAUUACACAGCAUCUGUUGAAACCUCACAACUUCUUUAAGGAGGUGUUGACAGGUGCAGCCCGCAUACCCAUGUCUACUCUGGAGAACCUUUGGGGUUUUAUAUCUGGAGUACACUACAUCCCUAUUACAAUAGUAUAAGCUGCACUCUUCAGUUAUCAGAACUCAUCUUCCUUCUUGUGGGAGAGUCCAGGACAGUGUCAGGGUGGUUGCCCAAGCCACAGUCUCCUUUGUGGUGUCUAUGAAACUCCAUGAAUUUUAGGCUACAUGCCGAUCUUUAGGUGGCUUACAGGUCUUCAGUGUUUUAAUUUUACCAGUUGCUCACUAUUUACCUUCAACAAAGUUAUUUCGUUUGUGCUGCUGUUUUCUGACUGACUACUGAUAGUUUUGCAGUUCUGUUUUUGUUAUCUUACAUUAUGUUCUAAACUUGUAAAUAUUCAGGAUUUGGUAUGAUAGCAGAAUAUGGUAUAAUUUUUAAUUGUGAUAUUUAGUCAGUAGUAAAAUCCAUUUGGCUUAGUGGAAUUUACUUCCAAGAAAGAGCACAUGAGAUUGCCCUAACUCUGUGCAGCCCAACGGUGAUUAUGCGCAGGAAUAGAAAGAAACAAAUGUGCAGAUAAGUCUAACUCUAAAAUGUGUUUAUGUUAGGUUUUCAACACCUGACACAUUAGAAAAAAUUGAACGCAGAAAUGCAAAUUUUGUAGUGUGUAAGAAGGAGUUUAAUCUUUAGAGUUGUACAGUCACAGUAUUAAGGGCUAUAGCAUCUUUGGAUAGCGGGUUAAAAUGUAUAGCUUUAAAUCUACUAUCAUUCUCCAAAAAUGUUACAUAUUGCCAUUUAAACAGGUUUUUCAUACAACAUUUUCUGAGUAAAUCGAGUCUUUAAACAUUUAUUGCAUCCCAGAAAUUCCAACUGUAAUUGGAAAAAAAUGAAAGAGAAAUUGUCAGAAUACAAAAAUGUUUUUUUUAAUUUUCUGAGCCAU